AUGUUUGCUCCAGGUGAAGAGGGGCUUCAUAUUUUAAUUAAAAAUAUUAAAGGUUAACCAUAAUACAUUUUUUAAAAUGCAAUGCUUUCGUUUUAGUCCACGAUGUCCCAUUGGCCCAUCCCACACCUGUCAUGUCAAGAUACUUAUCCAGUUUUAGUCUAUACCUUCAAGCACGUCCAUACAGAGAUGUCUUAAGCAAACUGACAUUAUAUUUCAACCCAUGAGCGCACACACACACACUUGACUACUCGUGCGCAUCCCUCAUUCCUUAGAAUAUUCAUCGUGGUUGUUCAAUAUACCUUGACGGAUACAAUUUUUGCGCUCAACGUUUGUAAAUGCUGUUUGCUGUUAUCACCCCUCCAUUAGACUUCGCCCGAAUACAAUCAUGUACAAAUCGUGGAAAGUUAGUUUGCCUGAAAGCCAAUGUGAAUAUGCAUUAAUAAUCUACCCGAUUCUCAUUAUUUUUAUUAUCAUUUUCUUUUAUGAUAAGUUAUUUCUACGCCACUUCUUUGAAUUGUCUAUUUUCUGGGGGUGUGCGCAGAUGCAAAUUGAGGAAUGUCGCAGUUAGCAAGUAAGUAAGACGCAACACUCGAGAUUGUCACUAAUCUCUCCAAAUCCCUUAGAUUUGUCUUCUUGGUCUACUUUGUCUCCUUUUGUAUGCAACAAAAUGGCAAUCAAAAAUUUGUAUGUAGCCUUUUCAUGAAUUACUGUCAAAAUUAAUGAAUUCGGCUUUUAGCAGUCGCGAAAUUUGGAAUUAUCCCUCUCUCUGCCUGUACUACUGGAAACAUAAUAAUCAACUAACUCACUAGUAUAAAUAGUGUGCGUUAAUGAAUAGCCACUUCAUCAAAAUGUCAAGUUAGAACGAGGAUUUUCUCAAGGACUAAUUUAAAAAAAUGUCGGCUUUCUUUUAGCCUUUUUGCUCUUCAAGUUCCUGAGUUCUUAGGAGUUCUUAGUUUAUCUCCUAAAUUUGCUUUGUGUAUGUGCGAAUCACUGUUACUCAUACAUUUCGUUGUGCGAGCUCUGCUACUACAGAGAUAUUGCAUGUUAUCGUGUUGUUUAAAUAGGGUGAACAGAAAAUUACCAAUUAUGUUGCGCAAAUUAGCGUUCGAGUGUAACAUUUAGUGUGCGAAUCAUUCAUAAUUUCUUUGCAUUUGAAUACCACAAAUGAAUAGGUAACGAGGUACUUAUGACCAAAUCGAAUCGCAAACUGCCCCAUUGGAUCACAUAAAUUUAUGCCAGACUGUGAAUCAAGCUGUUAAAGCGAAAUGUUUUCAAGAAAAAAUGUCACGUUGAAUUAACUUAAACUGGAAAUUUCACAAACAUUUGGUCUACGCACUUACCACCAGGCUAAUCUUAUCAUUGGAAUACCACGGAUGCUGAGUUUAAUUAUUCUCAAAUAAAUCAGAUCAUUGAAAUAUCAAAUUAACUUAACCACAAUGGUUUUCGACAUUAUGGGAAUUAACGAUCUCCUAUAGUUGGGACCGUUGACACUAAAUGUUGAUUUAAAUUCAUUAGAAUGACUAUCCAUCUUCUGUCUACCUUCUAAUCGAAAUAUAUUUCCCUAUAGUAUCUGUUCAUUUAACGAAAGGUUACAUCCACAAAGUUCAAUUUUAUCGAUCAAUUAAAAUAAUUUUUCGCUGUCUGCACAUUUCACCAAAAUAUCCGUUUAAAUUUCAUUAUUAUUGUAGGUUAAUAAAUUUCUAGGUUAAUAAAACUCCAGCAUGAGCUUCGUCAAAAAUAGAACAGAAUAUUAGUUUGCAAAAUUAGGUAAUGUGCUUGAAAAAAAGUCCUAUAGUUUUGAUUGGCCGAGUCUAACCUUUUCCCCCACCCCGAAAUCUACGUAGAAACUAUCAUAAUUGGGCCAUAUUUAAGACUUUAUUAAAGAGGUUGAUUAAUAAUGCUUGGAUAAUAGAAAUUGACUCUAUUUCACUUGAGUCUUACGGACAAUAUUCCUUAAUUUUUUUCAUAUUAAAUGAAACUUCUGUUGCUACUCCAAUAUAAAGCCCUUUAGUCAAUUUUAGUGGUGGAAUAUACACAUUGGCUGGGUCUCUAUUUGAGUAAUUUGAGAAAAAAUGUUGUCUGACAGCUUAUAGAGUUUAUCAUGAAAUCAAUGAGCGUAGCAGAGGUAGAGCUUAGUCAUCACUAAAUUCCAUCAAUCGCCUCCAAUUUGAUGGCAGAAAGUGAUUGAUUGCUUAACAUAAAUAGGAUAUUUCAAAAGUAAUAUGAUCGUUAAAGUUAACGGUAAAGGAGUUUGACCAUUUAAUUACCUUUAUCCAUGCAUAAGGGUAACGCAAAAGUUUCUUUAAUCAUUUAAACUAUCAUUUUUAAAUUGGCGGCAUAUAAUCAAGGUGA